AUGAUUCUCGGAAAGGUCUACCGUCCUGAACCUCGCAAGAACAUUGUAUUCAGUGUCUACGGAGCCUGCGCAGCGCUGGGUUUCUUUGGCGGAAUUUUCUUCAGUGGUAUAGCCGGCGAAUAUCUGAAUUGGCGCUGGUACUUCUAUAUUGGCUCGAUUCUUUCCGCUAUCACAGCUCUUUCAUCGUUUGUCUCGAUACCAAAAGACUAUUCCACCACGCGAGCGUCAUCAAAAGCCUCCAUGAACUGGGUAGGAUGUAUGCUGCUUGUUCCGGGGACUGUGUUGUUUGUCUUCGCGAUCGCGGACAGCGCCCACGCCCCGCAGCAGUGGCUAUAUGAAGCCGCUGGUGAUUUGCCUACUGCAGAUGUACGGCAGCCUGGGGAUCUUUCUGCUCUAUGCAGCACUUUAGCGGUCUCAUCAUCUCCGCAACCGGGGGUUUCAUUCUGCAUCACUCAACGGAACAUUACUCACAAUAAUCUCGGGGCUGGGCUCCCUCGGCUCAAAUCUCCUCUUCGCGGUGAUCCCCCGGGGUGCAACUACUGGGCGUUCGUAUUCCCGGCCAUGAUCUGCGGCACUAUCGGCAUCGAUAUCAGCUUCGACGUGACCAACAUCUUCAUCAAAACCAACAUGCCGGGAGAGCGCCAAGGGCUCGCGGGAGCCCUCAUCAACUGCACCCUGCACAUGGGGAUUGCCGUCAUGCUGGCAUUUGCGGACCUCAUCCAGACAUGCAUUCACGACCAAGCGCAUUCAAAAACAAACCUGCGAAUGCCGACAGUGAUUAUCCGCCAAGUUCACGGUGGUGCACGCGAAUCAUCAGACCCAACAGUACGAGACAACAAAAUGGAAGCUGCAAAGCAGACCAAAAUCCUCGUGAGCGUCGUCCUCUAUUGGCACGCAUUCCGCAGACCUGCUCGUCCAGCGAUUGGAGAUCAAGCACAGGCCGACGAGAUCACCCGGCGGAUCCUCGACACCCCUACUGAAGACCAUACUGUGGUGCUGACCGAAAAGCUUGACAACUGGACCCUCAAUGCGGAACUGCUCGCGCCCGGCGAAAAGCCAGCCCGGGGGCCCUGGGGGGCAAGGAAAAAUCGGAUGAUGUGGACCGUCGGGCCCGAUCAUGAAGAGGUGCUGUCAGUCUAUCACGCCUUUAUCAAGUGGUACGAGGAGCAGCUGCACCGGUUGACGCUCGGCUUGCUGAUGAGGAUGGAGAACAUUAUCUUCUGGGCCGAGGGCGAGGAGGAUGACCCGACACGCAUCAUCCAUUCUCGUGAUUGUCUUUGCUUCUGCCGGAAGUAUCCUUCUUAUUGA